AUGUGCGGCCCCUGCAGGCCCGUGGAGGCUAUCGUGGCUCCUGCAGCAGCAGCAGCAGCAGCAGCAGCAGCAGCAGCAGCAGCAGCGGCAGCGGCAGGAGGGGUGAGCAGCAGCAACAGGCCCAGCAGCAGCAAGCGCGGUUUGCAAAGUGCUGAAGAGCCCGCGCUGCUUUCAGUUGCAAGCAGCAGCAAAAGUCAAAAACCUGCUGCUGCUGCUGCUGCUGCUGCUGCUGCUGCUGCUGCUGCUGCUACCUUUGAGGGUCUCUUGUCGCAGGGCCUGCACAACCCAGGAGACAUCUGGCAGCUGCUGCAGCACAGCAGCAGCAACGGGGCCAUCAGCAGCAAGUCGUUCGCGCUCCCUGCGGCGUUUCCGGCGCGGCUUCUCCGCAGCAGCAGCAGCAGCAGCAGCAGGGUCCGCAGCAGCAGCAGCAGCAGGGCCCGCAGCAGCAGCAGCAGGGCCCGCAGCAGCAGCAGCAGGACCUGCAGCAGCAGGCGUCUGACGCCGCCGCGGCCGCGCGGCCUCCGCCUUCGCCGCGUGCCCCUCCUCGCCGCUGCUGCUGCCGCUGCUGCUGCUGCUGCUGCUGCUGCUGCUGCUGCUGCGGGGCGGCGCUGCCGCGUGCUGCUGCUGCGCGCGCGCAGCAGCAGCAACUCUGCGGAAAGCCUUGAAGUAGAGUUUGUGAAUUGCUUUUAA